UAUCAACAAACAGUUUAUAGUGGAUACGGUGGUGCUCUAGAAAUGUUAAAAUGUUGAAGCUCAAGAGGAUCCAGAAGAAAGAAUAAAAAGUUGGAACUACUGACGUAAGGAAGAGGAGAUGAUAAGAAAGAUGGAAUUUCUUUCCUUCAUGAAGAGCACAACAUAAUUCUUCAGUCACUUUUUGAAAAUGGAGAAAGAGGACUAGACAAGAUCCAGUAGAGCCCAUUGAUGUAACAUGACAAAAACAAUUCUGAAUACCCUUCAAAAGAGCAAAGUAAAUGGCUGAAAACUCUGAACUACUAAAAAAAAAAUUAGUUUCUGUUGAAACUGAAGUAAAAACUUUGUUAAGGAAAAUGAGGUUCUUUUUAGGAAAGGACAUAGAUGUUAUAGAAGAUUACUACAACAAAUCUACGAAAGAAAGAGAUGCAUUAAAUGUAACAUUAAAGAAGACUGCUGAUCAGUUGCAGUUAGGUGUAAGAAAGUUUCAAGAGCAGUUGAAGAACAAAUCCUUCCUGUGUGAAAAUACAGAAGAUCUCAAAGUUCUCAUUAAAGGAUUGGCUUCUGAUAUUUGUUUGAGAAGAGAGCAACUUCAGAAUGGGUACAAAAGUUUGAACUAUGAAUUUCAUGAGCUAGAUGAAAAUAUUCUGGAAUGGGAAUCAAGGUUUCAUGCGUGGUGUAGUCCUAAGGAUAUACAAGUUAGACAAGUGCCUGUACUGUAUGUUCAGAAUGGAAAUGGGGAUCAUAAUCUUCCCCCUGAAGUUGUUGCUUUCCAGGAAUUUGUUUACCAAAGUGGAGGACAUACUGGAGGAUGGGAUGGCUGUGAUCACCAGAAGUUUCUUCAAUUAAAACAAAAGUACAAGGAUGAAGACACUUUCUUAAAACAAGCAAUCACUGAACUAAUUGGUCUGACGGAGCAACAGAUUCUUGACCAUAAAACCUGGUUUCAAGAAUACUUAAUAAAAAAGAAAGGAAAAGAAAUUGCGAUACAGGAGUGGAAAAAGAAAAAAGAGGAAAAAAGAAACACAGCUUUCAAUGAAGUAGAUGUAAAACCAGAAAUGACUGUUGCACAGAAAAAUAAACAGAGAGAGCUAUUUGAAGAAAGGCAGAAGAAGUUAGAAAAAAUAAAAGAAUGGAAGGCUUAUAAAGAAGCAGAGAGAGUUUUAAAAGAACAAGAACUUGAAGAAGAAAAGAAGCUUGAGCAGAAGAAGAGGUCUAUAGACCAGGAGAAAAGAGCAAUAAUUAAACAAAAAUUAGAAGAACAUCGUAAACAACAAGAGGAUUUAGAAAGACAGAAGUGGGAAAAGGAGCUAAAAGAAAGGAGGAAAAUAGAAGAAAUUUUAACAAAUAAAGAUAAAGAAAAAAUUGUAGAAUUUCAAAAGAAGGACCAACAGUGGCUUCUAAGAAAAGAAGAAAAACAAAAGAGAAAGGAGCAAGAAGAUAUGUUAAGAGAUAAAAGAUUGGCCAGAUUAAAAAAAGAAGUAUCCGUAACUGCUGUUAGGGAUCCUACUCGGUUACUUGAACCUACUGAGAUCUGGAAGAUAAGGAGGCAAUCCUCUAACGAAUCUAAAGAAAUAUUUUCUCAAGUAAAGAUCUCUCACAGAGCCAUACCAGAAUGGAGAAAAGGGCUUCACAUUUUGUAAAGGGACCAAGUACAAAUUUAAUAAUAGAACAACUAUUACGACUUUAUAUCAAGAAUAUUCUGGGUGUUCUAUUGUAAUACUCUAUGAAAUCAUUUUAGAACAUUACACUUAUUUUUAUUUAUUAUUGUAUUUAUUUAUUUUUAGAAACAUUCUUAAGUUUACAAAUUUUACUUGUUUACAUAUGUAGUUAGACGCAUGUGAUGUCUGUAUGUGUGUGUGCAUUAACUGAAAAAUAAAUAAUAGGAACUUUGAGCAUUUUAAAAGGUAUUAUACCAUAAACCAUGUAAAAUGUUAUAGUUGUAGUUAUCAGAUGAUGUCUUUUGCUGCCAACUCACUUAACUUUACUUUUUAUUCACUUUACAUAAAACAUGGCAGUAUAUUUAUAGCAAAAUUACAAAUUCUAUGAAUAUGCCAAAUACUUAAUUUGCAAAUUACUUUAAACCUAAUAUAUAUAUAUAUAAUAAAACAAUGUCCCUCACUCUUAAUUUUAAUAGGAAUUCUGACAUUUUAACUCCUGAAAAAGAAACUGAGAGCUACUGACAACCUGAAUUGAAAUAUGUUCACUGCCCCACAGUAGAUUUUUUUACUGAAAAGUUUGAUUCAAUAACAAAAUUAAAUUUGCUGAAAAGUCAAAUUUAAUCAUUAAGUUAUUAUUUAGGCAUUGCAGUAUUCAUUGUCAACUUGGUGCACUGUAGGUAUAAUAUUUCUCAAUAGAUGGCGUAUUGAUUAUCCUUGUAUUAUUCUUCAAGUGGUCUAGUUCUCCUUUUCAAUAAACAACUGUAUUCAUUGAUAUUGAUAGUUUUUAAAAAUAAA